AUGCUCCCCAGCGCCGUGGCCGCCCACGCUGGAGCCUACUGGGACGUGGUGUCUUCCUCUGCUCUCCUGAACCUGCCCGCAGCGCCGGGCUUUGGCAACCUGGGCAAAAGUUUCCUGAUCGAGAACUUGCUGCGGGCCGGGGGCGCCCCGCCGCCGGGAUUGCAGCCGCUCCUGCCCCACAGCCCAGCGGUUGCCGUGGCCGCCGCGCAGGUCCGGACCCUGCCUGCCAGUCCUGUUCCCCUCAAGCUGUGCCCUGCGGUGGAGCAAGUGAACCCCGCCGGGGCGCCCUACGGCUCGCGGUGGGCUUUUCAAGUCCUUGGCCCCUCAGCGGAAGGCGCCAGGCUGUCGGGCCGGGCUCCCGCAGACCGAGACUGUACCUUUCAUCCUUCAGCCCCAGCACCUUCCAAACCCUUUUUUUUGAGUGCCUCUCCAUUCUACUCCUCAUGCUGUGGUGGGUCCUGUGGGCGCCCUGCAUCCCCCACUGCUUUUCCAAGAGAAGAUGGUGUGCUGCCUCUCCUGACACAAGACUCUAAUUCCAAAGCUCGGAGAGGUAUUUUAAGAAGAGCUGUCUUUUCUGAGGACCAGAGAAAGGCUCUGGAAAGAAUGUUUCAGAAGCAGAAAUAUAUCAGCAAGACAGACCGAAAGAAACUUGCUAUCAAUUUGGGACUAAAGGAAUCACAGGUGAAAAUUUGGUUCCAGAACAGAAGGAUGAAAUGGCGAAACUCCAAAGAAAAGGAAGUGCUUUCUAACAGAUGUGUCCAAGAAGUAGGCCUCCAAGAAGAUCCACUCUCGAGAUCAGCACUGGGUUUCCCGUCUCCGUGCCCUUCAAUAUGGGACGUCUCCCAACAGCGUGCAAGUUCAAGAUGGAGGGAGAAUUCUCCAGAACCUUCAGAAAGACUAAUUCAGGAGAGUUCAAGGGCUCCAUCGCUGGAAGCAAAUUCCCUAAAAGCAUCCUUGUAUUUGUGUUCUGAAGAAGACGGUGGAGAUAAAAAUGUACUUACUGCAGCUGUUUGA